GCAAGUUGGGGAGGAGGUGCUUAGCGUGUGCGCGCCUGGAUCGCGGUGCUGGGGUGUGCCGGUGUGUUAUGGAAUCUUAUGAGCUUUUUUGGGAGGGUGAAAAAUCCUCUGAAGUUUAUAAGAGAAGCCUGGAGGGAGCGUGAGUGCCGUGCGUGGAGGGCGUGGCGGCCCGGCUGGCUGGAGGAGGCCGGGAGGUAAUUAAAGGCUUUGUGGCGGUGAGGCUGCUGGGAGUUGGUUUUAUCGUUGCUUAUCGAGGCUCCUCAGCUCCUCCUGCCUCGCCUUGCGGCAGGUGGUGGGCUUGUGAUGCACGGCGAGGCAGGAACUGCAUCGUAAAUAAGAGUACAAUGAAUUGAAAAGUUGUUUUCUGUUUUCUGAGAUGUGCCUUACUAAUAUUCUUUGAGUUGUACUUUGCUGAUGGUUGUUUUUUCUCUCCUGCAGGUGGCGGGGCCGUCGAGGGGCGUCGGCCACUCAGGGCUUGGGAGGCCCAGCGCGUGGGCAUCGAGGCCUUGUGAGGGCGUGUGGGGCACAAGCGGUGCCCGCCUGGUGCUUUGACGGUCUUUAGUGCUCAACCCGCCGCCGUGUUGUUCUUCUGAUGCUUAAUGACCCGCAGUGUCCGGAGCUAAACCGUGUGUGUCGUGUGUGGUGUGCACGUGUCGGGCGGCGUCACGUGUAGCGGUGAUGGCGUGCCCGUGGCCACCCGCUGUUUUGUGAAUUACACGUGCUACAGGACUUAACGUAUGGCGGAGGGUGACGACACCUCAGGCCAAGGGCCGGGAUAUUCGCGGCCCUUCAGUGUGAUACAACCCUCGCCCUACGCCCACGAGCGCAACAUGGCCGCCCACAGACUCUCGGACUCAAGAUUUUUCUUCUCUGAGCGGCGGCUGUCGCAACUCUUCAACGUUGACGCCUGGACGGAGGAGAACGAUGAAUCACGCAACGACUUUGGAGAUGAUGAUGACCCUGGCCAUGAGCCUCCCCCCGAGCCCGCCCCCCGCGCCUCCUAUUGCCCGCCAUCCCCCGGCACCCCCGGUGACCCAGGGCCCCAGCCCCCUGACUCCCACUAUCCGCCAGGGUUGCGGGAGUCAGCCCUUUAUUCCACCCUGAGCUCGGGCUGCCACCUCGAUCCGAGAUUCUCGGCCGAGGUGGCCCUCGACAUGGCCCGUCUCUCCACUAUCAGCGGAGGGUCAGCCCGCUUCAGCUCGGGCCGCCUUGAUGACGAGGACGAGGACGAGGACACCUACGGCGGCGGCAACAACGGGGACGUCACCCCUACUCCAGGCUCCCCGGGGUCGUGCCGCAGCUCCCGGAAGUUGUCGUCGCGCUAUUCCCAAAUGUCCACCUUGGCGGAUUCCCUGGCGUCCUCGGGGCCGCGCUCGUCCCUCCCCUCUGUGCUGUCAGAUCUGGCAGGGGAGGUGGAUGGCGUGGCAGACUUGCUGACAGACGACGACGAGGCGCUGGGGCCCGGGCCGCGGGUGUGGGGCGGCGAGGAGGUGGUCAACUGGCAGGAGCGGUGCCUGGAGCUGGAGCUGUCCCUGCAGAGGUUUAGGGAUCAAGCCGGCAAGAUCAGGGAGCUUCUGAGGGAGAAGCAUAUAAGGGGAAAGCUUUUGAAAACAGUCCACGUGAGAGCCCCAAGCGUUUCAGGAUCCGGGCCGCGGUGUAUUUUCAUUGUUUUCCUCAAGUCAUCCUACCCUCCCCCGCUGCUCCUCACCUCCAUGGUCUAA